AUGACUAGUGGAAGGAUAAAACACAGUCAAGAAAUAUUCUGUGUCCUAAGCAGAAAGAAAUUUGUGUUAUUAUCGGAUGAUAUAUGGGAUCGGGUUGACUUGAUCAAAGUAGGCGUUCCAAUUUCUAACCAAGGGAAAAACUCCAAGAUAGUGUUCACAACUCACUCGGAGGAUGUUUACAAUCGUAUGGGAGCUCAAAAGAAGAUUAGAGUGGAGAUCUUGGACCGAUACAAAGCUUUGGACUUGUUUCAAGAGAAAGUUGGAAAAGAAACACAAUUUAUUCAUCCAGAUAUCCCAAAACUUGCUGAAUUUGUGGCAAGAAAGUGUGGUAGUUUGCCACUUGCAUUUAUUAUAGUUGGUCAGGCCAUAGCUUGCAAGAAGACGCCCCAAGAGUGA